CGGAGCCUCCUGCUCCUCUCUCUCUCUCUGUCUCUCGGAGCCCGGCACCGGCAGCACAGCAGCCCCCGGACCCUCCGCCGCCUCCUCCGCCCAGAGCAUCGCCAGCCUCGGCUCCAGCAAGGCGGCGGCGGCGGCGGCGGAGGAGGAGGAGGAAGGCUCGCCCGGAGCCCCCUCUCCCUCCCGCCCGGCCCCGAGGGAGGGUCCCCGAAGGGCUCUGGGCGGGCCAAGGGCCAAGAGGGGGCCCAGGGCACCAUGGAUCUAUUCGACUUCUUCCGAGACUGGGACUUGGACCAGCCCUGUCACUAUGAACAAGAUCGGAAUGCACUUAAGAGGAAGGAAUGGGAACGGAGAAACCAAGAAGUCCAGCAGGAUGAAGAUCUUUUUGCUUCUGGCUUUAAUCUCUUUGGAGAACCCUACAAGACUAACAAAGGUGAUGCUCUUGCCAACCGUGUCCAGAAUACACUGGGGAAUUACGACGAAAUGAAGGACUUCCUGACAAACCAUUCUAACCAGAGCCAUCUUGUGGGCAUCCCAAAGAAUUCCAUGCCACAGACCCCAGUAGAUAAAAACGAACAGAGCUUUUUUCCAGAGCAAAGGAACCGGAUGCUCCCGCCCCACCAGAUCAGUGGUCACGCCUCAGCAUCAAUGCCUCCCCCACCUUCCAUGUCCUCAAACCCAACUUUGCUGCAUGGUCACCAGAGCAGCAGGAAAUGCAGGACUGACUGGUCUCGGAGCAGCCACAACUCUAACAAUGGUCAACCAAGCCAAGCUGGUAGCCAGCAGAGCAGGACAAAGCAUAGUGCUUCCCAUGAGCCACCACAAGGCAGGUAUGAUGACCUCUACACCUGUCCAAGUGAGCAACAUAAACCUGGAGGAGGUGAGGAAGCCAACACAACGCCAUCAUCUUCACACUCAAGGAGGCAUAAUCAUUCGAAACCAACAGGGGCGGACCAUGCUUAUAAAGAAACCAACCAUUCCAAAUCUCCAGUGGAUCUGGAGUUCCUGGGCCAUGGACCUGGAUCGCCACUCCCUUCCACAUCUUUACUGUCAACCAACAAUAAUCUUUCAACCCAGAACUUUCCUCCUGGACUUCACUGUAAAAGCAGCAUGACCCAGCAAAAGCCUACUGCUUAUGUUAGGCCAAUGGAUGGUCAGGACCAGGUUCCAAAUGACUCACCUGAACUGAAACCUCCACUAGAAAUGGAAGGUGUGUAUGGAAACCAAUCCUUUGGGACUCUGCUGGAAGGAAAGACAACUGGACCAGGCUCGAAGAAUAAACUACCGAAGCUCACCAUUCCUCCAGCUAGUGAAGUUACUCUUCCCAAUGACUCCAGCUGUGUGGAGGAAAUACUACGGGAGAUGACCCAUUCCUGGCCUCCACCUCUCACUGCUAUCCACACACCUGGGAAGGCUGAACAGAAUAAGUUUUCCAUUCCAAACAAGGUGCAGGAUUCACAGCAUCUGACCUCAGGAUACAAUGCACAAAAAUGGAAUGAGCCUGCUGGCAAAGCUGCAACCAAACCAGUGCCACAGAAAUCAAUGCUGGAAGAUGAUCUGAAACUCAGCAGUGAUGACGAUGAUAAUGAUCAGACUGCAGAGAAGACAAAGCCUCGAAACAUUCCUGUAAAUGGCCUUGCAUUGCCAACAGUGCACAACACAGUCUUGGUACAUUCCAGUGGAGGCUCAGGAAGCUCCAGUGAAUCUGAAAGCAGCUCUGAGUCAGAUUCAGACAGUGAAACCAGCUCCAGUGAUAGUGAAUGCAAUGAAGAGUCACGCAGUGGAACUCCAGAGCCUGAACCUCCUUCAGCUAACAAAUGGCAGUUGGAUAAAUGGUUAAACAAAGUCAACCCCCACAACAAAACGAUCAUCAACAACCAGCAUGAAAACCACAGUGAGAACAGCUCUCAGGCUCAGAGCAACUCUCAGAAUGAAGGGCAAAACAAAGGGAAGCUAAACAGCAGCUUGCCUCUGACUGAUUCCAAAGACCGGGCGCUACGUAGUCCCAUCCGAGAGAAGGCCAAGCCACGGGUUGCCCACAAAGCCCCGGCCGAAGCGAAAGCUUCUAAGCAGAAAUCUCCAGCUCACAAUGAACCUGCCACCCAAAGGACUACCGGGAAAAAGCAACCCAAAAAAGUAGAACGGACUCCCAGCGCCGACGAAUACAAUUGGCCCAAACCAAAUAUUACCAGCAGCACACCCAAAGAGAAGGAAUUGCAAGAUGCCCAAGAGCAGCCAAAAGUUCGCACAAAAGUCGCAGCGGGGAAGACUGCUCCCAGGAAAGAGCCGAGAACUACCACUGGCCCCGCACUCGAAAAGAAAAAAUAUCGGGGGCCCAGCAAAACCAUUCCAAAGUCUCGGGAGUUUGUGGAAACCGAUUCAUCCACUUCCGAUUCAAACACGGACCAGGAGGAAAACCUGCAGGCUAAGACCUUGCAGGCGUGCAGUGGCCCUGACAGUGCCAUCAAAGCCAAGGAUUCCAGCAGUAAUAUCCUCAGCGUCAGUAGCUUAACAAGUACCGGCAGCAACGUUUCCAUUGACCCCAAUAGCAAUGACUUAGAAGAGCCCCUUUUCUCCCCGAUCCCCAUUGUCCAGAAUGAGCCCCUCUCCCCACUCAAAGACUUUGAAGAACUCAAAUACCUUUGGGUGAAAAUUGACCUGAGUUUGCUCUCUCGGAUUCCUGGGCAAGGCACCUUUGAGAGCAUGCCUGGGAAAAUGGAACCCAGGGAAGUCAAUACGAAACAUAGACGGCAAUGUCGAGAGUCCCCAACACUCGCUGCUGAAAAACCACCCACUAAAUCGAAAAGGAAGCACAAGCAGUUGGAAAGUUUGGACACAUUUGGGGAAAACAAGAAACAGCGCUUGGAAGAGACUGCUGCUUCAUGCUUGCUUCCACCCUGCAUUUCUCCAAUACCCAACCACAGAAUACCCAGUGUUAAAGACAACAACCCCCUUAAAAAGGUGACAAAGAAAAGGGAAGAAAAGCUGUUCCCGCCUCCAUUGUCGCCUCUGUUGGACGAUGCAGCACCCAGGCAGAACAACAAUGACAACAACACCUUUGGUCAAGAGAAUACCCUCUCAGCCCCACUGCAAGCCAACACCUGCUCCAAACACAGGAAGAAUGAGAACAAAUCCUCUUCCAGUGCAAAGGGAAUCUGUGAGGAAGACUCCCUCAGCAGAGCUCCAAAUACUCUGCUUGACACCAGCCAUCUAGACAACGACAUCUGGUCUACAGCUUCUACCUUUGCCAAUGGGAAUCCUGAGCCAAGAAGACCUAAAAUCACAUUUGAUGACAUGCUUCACAAUGCAGAUUACUAUAUGCAAGAGGCAAAGAAGCUAAAGCACAAAGCAGAUGCCCUGCUGGAAAAGUUUGGCAAAGCGGUGAAUUAUGCUGACGCUGCCCUUUCCUUCAUUGAGUGUGGGAACGCUAUGGAGCGCGAUCCAUUAGAAGCAAAAUCUCCAUACACCAUGUACUCUGAGACUGUGGAACUCAUCAGGUAUGCAAUGAGACUCAAGAACUUCACUGGCUCUUCUGCCACAGAAGGAGACAAGAAAUUGGCAGUUCUAUGCUACCGAUGCUUAUCCCUUCUGUACCUGAGAAUGUUUAAACUAAAGAAGGACCAUGCUAUGAAGUACUCCAGGUCUCUGAUGGAAUAUUUUAAGAAUUCAUCCAAAGUUUCACAGGCUCCGUCCCCGUGGGGGGGCAAUGGAAAGAGCACAGAAACACCGUCCCCAAUGUCUAUGAGCUUGUCACCUGCCAGCUCUCUUGGGAAUGCCACUGGCACAGCGGGAUCAUCCUCAGCAGGGACCAUAACCAUUCCCCAGCGCAUCCACCACAUGGCUGCCAGCCAUGUCAACAUCACCAACAACGUCCUGCGAAGCUAUGAGCACUGGGACAUGGCUGAGAAGCUGACAAAAGAGAACAAAGAGUUCUUCGUAGACCUGGACUUAGUAAUGGGUCCAUUAACACAACACAGCAGUAUGACCAAUCUUGUCCGUUACGUUCGGCAAGGACUCCAUUGGCUUCGCAUUGAAGCGCAUUUGUUGUAGUGACUGCUGUGCAUCGCAACUCUAUCCCGGUCCCUCCGCUGGAGCACAGGUGAUCAGCGAUGGAAUACUACCCUUUUCUGGAACUGUAUUCAUAGAGUUACUUUUAUUGCCUUCCCCUUUCCCCUUUCAAACAAAACAAAAAGUACCCUAUCUCUUCAAAGUGAAACUUGCCAUCAUGGGAAAAGAUGGCUCCAGAGCAGAGUAUGUGUUCAUACCGUUGAAUCAGUUUGGAUUCACUUCUUUGCCUUGUGUCUCCCAGAUCCUGCCACUCUUGCCUUCCAUACCAUGCUUUAUAGAACAGUAGACUCCCUGCAUCAUUGCACUUUGAGGAAGAUUUAGGUUAAUGGGAGAAUGUCUUAAAUAUCUGAGGACACAUAUGAAAGUGUAUGAAAUUGCACUGGGAACAAUUAUUCAUAAGAUCAAUUCUUCCAACUCAAAAUUGCCCUCUCAUACAAACCAUGCUGUUCCCAGCUUAACAUUGGUUCUAUGACAUGACCAGAGGUCAUUGCUACAAUUUCAGAAAUGUGGUCUCUUAAAAAGUGAAACAUCAAACAUCUUAUGCAGUUGUAAACAUCCCCAUAAAUACCCACACACCCCUAUAGCAUGAGAUCACAAAAGGCUUUGGGAGAUUUUUAUCUAGAUCCUUAAACAGUGGUGUUCUGCCUUUUUCUUGUUUGUUUUUAGUGGAUAUAAAUGUUUAAUGCAACAGCGCAAUGCCAUUCCAAAGCCUUUUCCAAUUCUCUUUUAGUCAGUGCAGUCAUAUUUUGAAUGGAAGUACAUCUGUUUGACCAUCCUUUAAGAUUUUGCCAGAUGCCGUUGAGGGAACAGAUUUCCACUGUAAAUAUGUGGAGCAUUUCUGACCAAACUUUCUACCAGUCUACAUAGAUGACAAAGUUCAGCAUGGGCACAUAUAUUAAUAGCAGUGUAAACUCAACAGGGUACAUAAUAAUAAUAAUAAUAAUAAUAAUAAUAAUAAUAAUUUGUUUUAUUUAUAUAUCACUAUUCCAA